AUGACCAAACUAAUAACUGAGACACCUGACCAGCCAAUCCCAUUUCUUAUUGAUCAUCUUCAGUCGAAGCAGGGAAGCCGUGGGCAGCUUCAGCGAACUUUAUCUGGUUCUGCAGCACUCUGGGCAGAAAGUGAAACAUCAGAACAUAAAGGAAUAAGAAGAGAUUUCAGAAAUUAUGAUAAACCCUGGCAACUAAAUGCGAAGAAGCCUAAAAAGUCGAAAAGUGACAUUGCCAUGUCUAAUAUUUCUCCACCAUCACCAGAAUCUAAAUCAUUACCAAUGUCAGUCGACCACCCUAAAUGGAACUGGCGGACUAAACCAGAGAGCCGUGAUUUUGAUGAAUUGAAUCACAUCCUUCAAGAGAGCAGGAAACUGGGGAAAGCCCUUGAGAAUCUUUCUCGCAGUAUUGCAAUUUCAGAUGAACUAGAUAAGGAAACGGUGGCUUUUAAUUCAGCUUUCCUGAGGCCCCGUGUGAUCGGAGAAUGGAUUGGUCGAGAAGAAAACGAUGCUGACCCACUUGCAGCUGAAAUGCUGCAGCCCCCAAUUCCAAGAAGUAAAAUUGAGUUUUGGGAGACAGAAGAUGGCGGCUCCAGCCCUGCCAGAAGUUUAAAGAUGGAGCUAAAGAUCAAGGGAUUAAAACAGCAGCAGCAACGACAUAAGAAACUUCUGGCAGCCAUGCUCUCUCAAGACUCUUUUGAAUCCAUCCACAGCCCUACCCCAUCUGUAACAGAAGAAGACAUUGAUAAUGAAGAUGAUGCAAUGGAAUUGCUGGAGGAUCUCGAUGAUUUAAGAAUGGAAGGAGUAACUACGCUGGUGCCUUCUGGGAGCAAAUUCAACCAAGGCCGUGCUUCUCAUACUGCUGAACCUCAGGCCAAGGUCACUCUGAACAUCUGCUCAAGGUGUGCAAGACUUCAAGGAGACAAUCUGGUAGAAAGGACGGAAGAGUUGUCACAGACACUUCAUUCUCCAGAUGAAAUAAUGCCUGAUUCUUUGGAUUCAUUACCUGGAACAGAAGAAACCCAGAUGGAAGAAGGUGAAGAAUUUGAGAAAGCAUCUCCAUUAAUAGGGCAUGGAGAAGCUUCCAGUGGGAAACACUCAUUGAGAAACUACAUGGAAGAAGAUGAAUCGUUAAAGCAACUGCAGGUCGUUCAUCAGCCAUGGAUCUUGCCAAGUGACACAGAGAGUGAAGGAGUAGAAACAGAACAAGAUAAACGUUCUGCUGAACUGCUUCUUUGUGUCCCAUGCUCCUCUUGUCCUUCACUGGUCUACUCUGGUAUGUUUGCUUCCUUGUCUCAGGACAGUUAA